AUGGGCUGUGGUCUGCCAAAGGUGGGCGGCUCUGGUGGUGAUGUCAUCGCGCCUGGGCGUGUCCACUCCACAGUAAAGAAGGCUCAGAUACACCACCAGGAGGGCGUGGCUUAUUCAUACCGCUUCCUGGACUUCCUGCUGGGAAAGGAAGAGGUGGGUGUGUCCUCUCUGCCCUGCCUGUCAUCGGUGAGAGAGAUUCCUGAGCGAAUCAGGGAGUGGUGUGGGAGGGACUAUGAGUUGGCAGCAGUUCACCCAUUCGUCCACCUCUGCAACGCUGGUCAGCCAUUGGUCCGUUCAUGCAGCAGUCUUGAGUCUGUCAACAUGUACCGCAGCCUUCACCGCGCUGUGCUCGUCAAAGAGAUUAACAGCUCUGUGAAGAGGCAGAGGUGCUGCUUAGAGACAGACGUGUGUUUCUACGGUAACCACCUCCCCAGUCCAGCAGUCAUCCACAGCUACAUGAAAAAGGUGCAGGGUCACGCUGAUAAGGGGGCGUGGCUAACAGGGCUCUUACUGCAGCCAGGGGGCGGGCCCUACUUCCCUCGCCAUGGCAACACAGAGGAAGACCUGACCUCUCUUCACUCCACCCCCUCACCCACACACAACCAAUCAGAGCUCAGGCAGCACCAGACCAACCAAUCAGAGAUCGUAUCAGAAGUCAAGUGGCCGCCCAACACGAUGCAGCCAGACAUACACACCACUCACACACACCACAAUAACAAUGAGAUCCUGAGGAGGCCGAAGGAUUUAGGCCAAACUGCAGACUCUCAGAGUUGCGUGCAGCUGUUUGCAUUGUACAAGCAGACGAAGAAUCCGAUUGGCUCCCAGAGGUUCUACUCCAUCACGGUUCCACUCAAGCUGAAAUGGGAGGCUGGGCUUAUGGUAGGACUGGAUGCCCAUUGGCUGGAUCACAUGAACCAGCACUUCCUGAGAGGGGCCAGUCUGAUUGACGGAUUCCUCUGCCAAUUAGAGGACACAGCCCCCUCUGCUGGUGAGGGGGUGUUCCUGUUCCAGGUCCCCGCAGACGACAGCCAGGAGUCUAUUACUCCAUAUGAUGCCAUAGUGGUGGAGCAGUGGACAUGCAUCGAUGGAGUAGCAGUGAAGGCGGACUACACUCCACUCUUGCUAUCAUUGGCUCCGUUUGGAUGGAGGCUGAUGUGUGUGCUACCCACACCUAUUAUACGCAACAACAGCGACGGUAGCCUGGCCACCAAGCAGGUGCUCUUCCUGCAGAGGCCUGUGCAGCUACGGAGGAGGCGGGGCCAACAGAAGCUGCACUUCAGAGGGCUGAACAGGACAAAGAGAAACUCGCACGACUACAGAGGAGACAGCGCAGAGACAAGACAACUGAUGGGACCCCAGGGAGGAGAGGAGGAGGCAGAAGAGGAGACGGGAGAGGUGGAGAAGAAAGAGAGAUGCAGAGAGGUGGAGAAGAAAGAGAAAGAAGAGACGCCGGUGAAGCAGAAGACAGAUGGCAGAGAGGAGUCCGACGCAAACAGAGGAGGAGAGAGGAGGCAGAAAGAGAGAGAAGUAAGAGUGCCAGAGAUGAGGAGGGAGACGGACGACAGAAAAGACGGGAUGAAAAGAGAGGAGGAUAAGGAGGAUAAGGACACACAGAUUGAAGAGCGAAGUGGCCAAUCACAACAUCCACAGGAAGGUUCAGAGGGCAGAGCUAUACAGGAACAUCAGGACGUGUGUGGCGGCUCUGAUGGCUGCACCAAUAGGGAGGCCCCACAUGGCUCGGAGGAGGAAGUGAGGGUGGGUACUACCCAUGCUCUGUUCUCUGGAGUCUGCUGAUGGCCCGGCCAGAACCAGAAGUUAUGAAGUUCGUCAGAGAACUUUUAGGUUUCCCACCGAUCCGAUGGAAGGUUCUUUGCAGAAACGUCAUGUUGUUCGGAUGUAGUGGCCUAUGGGAAAAGGCAGUAAGGAGCCUAACCGUGCGAAAACACCAAAAG